ACCGUUUCCAAAGAAAUUAUGACAGAAGCCUGUCGUGAAAAUCCUUCGACUACGGUAAUGAACGAGCAACUAGUGUCAAAUCCGAUGCCUCCGUUUCAACAAUCCGACAGUAAAACGACCCUUCCGUUUAUGAGUCAUUUGCCUAUGGUUGUACCCCAGCUCAGCAGCAACAAAAACCUAAUAUGUAGUAGAAUGCGGUUACCGAUAAUGCAAAAAAAUGAACUCAUUAUUCAAUUAAUUGAAAAUAACCCAGUAAUAAUUAUAAGUGGCGAAACUGGAUGUGGAAAAACCACUCAGGUACCACAAAUGAUAAUUGAUCAUUCUGCGACGACAAAGAGACCGAGUCGUGUGGUGUGUUGUCAACCCAGGAGAAUAGCCGCUAUAUCUAUGGCACAUAGGGUGUCUAAUGAACGGGGUGAAAAAAUCGGAACGAGCGUUGGUUAUCAAGUUCGAUUCCAAAGCUGCCUCGGAAGUAACGCAACAAUAACUUAUUGCACGAUUGGAAUUCUGACCAGGGCACUUGUAAUCCAUCAUCAAAACGACAAUGAACCAAUUAAGAACAUGUUUAUGAACAUUUCACAUAUAAUUAUUGAUGAAGUCCACGAACGUACUAAGCACGUAGACUUUCUGCUGGUAGCGCUGCGAAUGAUUUUGCCAAGAUAUCCACAUCUGAAACUGAUUCUUAUGUCUGCAUCGGCAGAUAUAAGAUUGUUUUCAUCUUACUUUUACGAUUGCCCCGUUUUGCAAGUUAAUGGAAGGCUUUUCCCAGUGCAACAAUAUUUCUUAGAAGACGUUCUAGAUAUGACCAAUUAUUCAACGCCAACAAUGAUUGAUCUUGUUUUGAGAAAUAAUCCAACCGAACGCAUCCCGGAUACCAAUAACCUGACAGAAAGAACGACUGAAUCAUCUCAAAAUAUGCGUCUUACAAUAAUUCCGAAUACUGCAUUGAGUCAUGAUCAAGAAUGGUUAAAACCGGAAUUAGAUGAAUGUUUACAAAAAAUUUGGCGUACUGGAGAUAUUGCUGAAGUUAAUAAAAUGAUAUAUCACUACAUACGUACGGAAGGCGUACCUGUUAAUUAUCAACAUACUUCUACAGGUGUAACAUUGUUAAUGUCGAUUGUUAUUCAUUCUCUUGACGAGUACGUUCUUCAAUUGCUACACAUGGGGGCAGACCCGACAAUCCAAAAUAAUUUUAGCCCCAGCAAAAGUGCAGCAGCUUUGGCAGCCAGUUUAAACCAUUUUCGAAUAAGUGAUAUGAUUAAAAAUUUCAAUUAUGUACCAACUAAUAACCCUCCGGUAAUAUUGGAUAAAAUGCAAAGAUUGGGUUUGUAUAAGGAAGAUAUAUUGCAUGGUCACAUUGAUUCACACUUGACAACGCACCUUAUUAGACAUCUGAUUUUGUACAAACCAUUUGGUUCUAUUUUAGUGUUUUUGACAGGAUAUUCCGAUAUAGCCGUAGUAGAAAACGCUAUAACCGAAGAUCUUAUUAAAAAGCAUAACUUUAAAAUCGAAAUUUAUAAAUUACACUCGUUAAUAUUGGACGAUCGUAAAAGAGUCUUUUUACCGGCACCGGAAGGAUAUCGCAAAGUCGUGUUGGCUACGAAUAUUGCCGAGACCAGUGUUACAAUUAAUGACAUUGUAUAUGUUAUUGAUUCAGGCAAAGUGAAACAACCUAUGUUUAAUUUUAUUGAACGAAGCCACGCCUUGCAUUCAAAACAAAUAUCGCACAGUUGUGCAAUGCAGAGAGCCGGACGUGCAGGACGAUUAUGUGCAGGCGAAUACUACUGUUUUUACACGCUAGAAGAUUUCAUACAUAUGAAAUACUACGAUGAGCCUGAAAUUAAAAUGAUACCUUUAGAAGAAUUAAGCCUGUUGGCCAAGGCAGCCGCUAGAAGUAUGAGAGUUGAAGAUUUCCUAUCGUUGGCUAUAGAACCACCUUCACAUCACGCUGUAAAAAAAUCUCUUGGCUAUUUAAAAGCAAUUGAAGCAAUGGACACUAACGAGAAUAUAACCGACCUCGGGUACAUGUUGUUGGAUUUGUCAAUAGAACCGCAUCAUGCCAAAAUACUGAUAUUUGGAUUGUUUUUAAAAUGCAUCGAUCCCGUACUUUUUAUAGUUAGUUUUUUAGCCAACAAAUACCCUUUCAACCUGAACCUGAAAACAUCAGAAGUGUGGUCCAUUUGUAAAAAUCUGGCUGAAGACACUCUUAGUGAUCAUUUCGUUUUUAUUCGUCUUUACCAGGCUAUUACUAAACCAAAUAUUUCUGAAGAGAUACAAAAAGCUGUAUGUCCGACGGUAAUAGAUCAAAUAAAAAAAACACGAUACAAAUUACUAACUCAACUAAAAGAUUUAAAUUUCAUCCAAACGAUGGACGAUUUAAAAGAUUUUAACACAAACUCAAGUAACUGGGCUGCGGUUAAAGCUUGUGUGUUGGCUGGAUCUUAUCCAAAUUUGUCCAUGCUAGAACCAAGAUCGGAGGAAAGUUUUACAACCAGGAUUAUGAGCGAAGUUCUACUGCACGGAUCUAGUGUUUUGCACGGAACCAACUUCGGAAGUUUGCCGUCCAAAUGGAUUGUUUUUGAACAAUUGUGUUCAUGCCACGGUAGAAAACGUAUGAGGAACUGCUCAGUUAUAUCAUCAUUGACUGUUCUGUUGUUUGCAAAUGCGAUGCAAAUUACACCUUGCAUCAGAACGAUAGAAAUAGACGAUGUACUCGCAUGUAUACGUUUGCUGUUUUUGACGGGAAGAAAUGUAUCAAUGCAAAGUCAUAUCCAUCUAUUAGCCUUGGAUGGCUGGAUUAAACUCUCGGCUGACUUAAACGACUUAGAAAAAAUGUUAAACAUACGUUUGUGUCUCACGUUGGCUUAUCGCGAAUUCCUCAAAAAUAAAACAUUACCAAAUAACAGUAUGCAUAGUCGUAUAGUCCAGACGGUUGUCAAGUUAUUAGAGGAAGAAGAUUUGGCUAUGGGCUUGACUGUCCCCGAGGAUAUUGGAAAUUAGCCCACAGAUGCUAGUAGUCAUACAGUAUAAUACAUUUUUUAUUUUGUCAUCUAUGCUGAUUAUAGUUUGAAUCCAGUGUUCAUCUACUUAAUAAAAAAAAUAUCAUACGUAUUAAUAUACAAAUAUAAAAAAUAAUAUAAUACAAUCUUAGUUAAUUUGUAUAAAUGUUUCUCUUAAAACAAAUUGAAAUGAAUUAAUCUAUUUAUAAAACAUUUUCUCCUUUUAUAGGACCCCAAUAUUUUCAUUAAUCAUAAUUCUCUAAUAAUGUUAGAAUUUAUUUGUGCCAAACCAUUUAAAAAUGUAAUUUAAAUUAUAAAAAUAAAUUGAAAAAAAAAACCUUUACAAAAUGUAAUAUUAAAAUAUAAUUGGUAGAAUUUUUAAUCAAAUAAAUUAG